CUCAGUGCGCUCCGGACCUCCGAGCUGCCGGGGCGCGCGGGGACCGUCCCGGACGGCGUGAUGGAGUCGAGCGGCAGCGCGGAGGCCCCGGGCCUCGGCCCGCGGGUGCUGGUGGUGGGCGGCGGCAUCGCGGGGCUGGGCUUAGCGCAGAGGCUCUGCCGGCACCCGGCCUUCUCUCACCUUCGAGUCCUGGAGGCCACGGCCCGCGCCGGCGGCCGCAUCCGCUCGGAGCGCAGCUUCGGUGGUGUGGUGGAGGUGGGUGCUCACUGGAUCCACGGGCCCUCCCAGGGCAACCCUGUCUUCCAGCUGGCUGCCAAGUAUGGGCUGCUGGGGGAGAAGGAGCUGUCUGAGGAGAACCAGCUGGUGGAGACUGGCGGUCAUGUGGGCCUGCCGUCUGUGUCCUAUACCAGCUCCGGGAGAACUGUGACCUUUGAGCUGGUAGCGGAGAUGGCCAGUCUGUUCUAUGGCCUCAUAGACCAGAUGCGGGAGUUUCAGCACGCAGCGCACACUCCAGUGCCCAGCGUUGGGGAGUACCUCAAGAAGGAGGUCAGUCGGCACAUGGCCUGCUGGACAGAGAAUGAGGAGACCAAGAAACUCAAGCUGGCCGUGCUGAACACCUUCUUCAACGUAGAGUGCUGUGUGAGCGGCACCCACAGCAUGGACCUGCUGGCCCUGGCACCCUUCGGGGAGUACACCGUGCUGCCUGGGCUAGACUGCACCUUUCCCAGGGGCUACCAAGGACUCACAAAUUGCAUGGUGGCCUCCCUGCCCAAGGACACAAUAGUUUUUAACAAGCCUGUGAAGACCAUUCACUGGAAUGGGUCCUUCCAGGAAGCCACGUCCCCGGGGCAGACGUUUCCAGUGUCUGUGGAGUGUGAGGAUGGAGCCUUCUUCCCAGCGCAUCACGUUGUGGUCACCGUGCCCUUAGGUUUUCUUAAAGAACGUCUGGACACCUUCUUUGAGCCGCCACUGCCCGCUGAGAAGGCAGAAGCCAUCAGGAAAAUCGGCUUCGGGACCAACAAUAAAAUAUUCCUGGAGUUUGAGGAGCCCUUCUGGGAGCCGGGCUGCCAGCACAUCCAGGUGGUGUGGGAGGACACGUCGCCCCUGGAGGACGCCGCCCCUGAGCCCCAGGCCGCCUGGUUCAAGAAGCUUAUUGGCUUUUUCGUCCUACCUUCCUUCGAGUCUGUCCACGUCCUCUGCGGCUUCAUUGCCGGGCUGGAGUCCGAGUUCAUGGAGACGCUGUCGGAUGAGGAAGUGCUUCUGUCUCUGACCCAAGUGCUUCGCGGGGUGACAGGAAACCCACAGCUUCCUGCACCCAGGAGCAUGCUGAGGUCUUGCUGGCACAGCGCCCCAUACACCAGGGGCUCCUACAGCUACGUGGCCGUGGGCAGCACCGGGGAUGACAUUGACCUGCUGGCUCAGCCCCUCCCUGCCGACAGCAAGGAGGCCCAGCUCCAGGUACUGUUUGCUGGGGAAGCAACACACCGGACGUUUUACUCCACCACACAUGGCGCUCUGCUGUCCGGCUGGAGGGAGGCCGACCGGCUCAUCGCUCUGCAGGACUCGCAGGCGCAGCUGCGUGGGCCCAGGCUCUGAGCCCUCCUCCGUGUGCUCUGAGCUCGGCUCUGCUCCUCCUGUGCCAGGGGCGGCCGCGCCAUCCUUUCCUCGACAGACGGUGUUCAGCCUGGCUGGAGACAUGGGGAUGUCCAUGCAUCCAGGGAUCAGCUCUCAUUGCUCACGUCUGUCGCUGGAGUCCGGCCAGGGCUGAGCUGGAGCUGCAUGGGCAGACUUCCUGGAGAAGGGAGACCCGGGAUGCCACGCUGACGGUGUGCAAAUAAAGUGUGUUAAAGCCUCC